CUUUUCAUCGCCCUGGUUUGAGAGUCGGCAAACAUGGCGUCCGCUUCGUCGGGCCCCGACUGGUUUUCUAAUGCAUAUGGAAUAUUAACUUCAAGUCAGACUUCACUCAAAAAAUCUGACCUUCAGAUAAUUGUGAAGUCUGUCAUACAAAGUGAAAGUGUGCUCGUGGUAGAGGAUGAGGAAACCAGAGAGUUUCGUGAAGCUUUCGUUGCACUCAGUGCCCACUUCAUUGGCACAAGUGCAACUUCAUUGUCCCGGAGUCAGAUAACAACUGCUGCCCAGGCCUGCAGCAUUCUCUUGCGUAUGCUGCUGAAGUGGCUGAAGGCGCACAGGGAAAAUGCAUUCUUACAGCAAAGCGUCAUUGUGGGCCUUAUUAGUGGCCUGUGUCUAUCUAAUGCGGGCACACCAUCCAAGCUAGAGUUGAGUACUAUGUCCUCAAAGCUCAAGAUUGCCCACCUUCCUCCCAGUCUGAUACCAAAACAAGAUGGGACUGAACGUCGUCGGGACGACACACGAGAGCUGCGGCAGCUAUGGCUGAACCCUAGCAGUACCAUUCUCGAGCAGCUGUCUACCCCACUUCUGGAAAACCCCUUGGGGCCCAAGUCAGACGCUAGCACAGAUCUUGACAAGGACUUGGAUCUCAGUGCCAGCCAUAUCAUUGACCCUGGAAUGGAAGCUAAGAAUCUUUUGCUGGCCAAAAAUUUGGCCAGCUUGCAACGGGAGCGAGCUGGCGACAUCCUGCUUGAUGUGUGCCUGGCCAUACCUUGCAUGGUGCAGUACACGCAAGGUUUAGAAGAUGUACUUCUCUCUGGAGACACCAUGGUGCUUGACUGCCUGACAAGCAGCGUUGUGCUAUAUGGAUCGAAAACACUCUGUGCAGAAAUAGCACUAGUGCGCAAGUGCCUGAACCUUCCUGUGUUGGAGCCACUAGGUGAAGUGCGGCUGCAGCGGCUCGUGCGGCUGGCCCUGGGAUGUGGACACAUGGCAGUGGCUGUGACGCAGGCGGUGUGCGUUCUAGGCGUGUCCUCAUCUGGAGGGAUCAGCCAGCCCGCUUCGGGCAAUGCCAAGGCAGUCUGGGAGGACGAUGGGCACCUGGCACUUGCUGCCCGUGCAGUUGAGGCUUGUCUUGAAGUCUACAACAUUAUUGGAUCCACCAUGAGGUCAUCAACAAGAGCUGGUGGUCAUGUGCUACAAAACCUGCAUGUGUUGACAUCAUGGCUGCUGCUUAGAGGCCUACAUGUGAUACUGAGCCUGAACACAUUCCUUGAUCGAGGUAUUUGCAAGGAAGGUUCGGGUGCCAAAAGCAACAGGGGGUCCUUGGAUCAGACACCUACCAGGACCAGAGAACAGUCCAGUGGCCUCAAGCAGAACCUUCUGCGCAUCCAGCAAGGUUUCGGAGUGUUGCCUGUGGCACUUGCCAACCAAGUGCUGUCGCUUCUGACCAGUGUGUUUGCUGAUCUGCGACUGGAAGCUGGUGCAGCACCUGAAGAGGGUGAUCGAGAAGGCAGCCGUGCGGAUGAGCGCAUUCUCACCUUCCUGGGCAACAUCAAUACACCUUUCUCUGCAUGGAAAUGUGUCCGGGUGCUCAUGCAGCUGAACCUACCUGCCCUGCUUUUUGACCUUGUCUCAGUCUCUUACCGCAAGGCAGGGAUGUUGAAGAGGAUUCAGAAGCAUCCAACAGAUGGCGACAACUUCAGCACUUCAGAUUCAAACACAUUCUAUGAAGAAGACUUCAGUACAUCAGAUGAAAGCAGUGUUGAUGAAGCUGGACGAAAAACCUCCGGGCAACUUGGUGAGUCCUCAGGGCGACCGAGGACUUUGCUUCGAAAAACACAGGCGGGUUCCAGCAACCCUCUGACUGAUGUGCUGAGAUCCCAGGCACAUUUGUACUAUGCCAGACUGGUGUCUCGGGGAGCCCGUGAUGACAGCGAGCCCAUCUUGGGUCACUGGUAUGAGCUAACGACUGCCCUACGAGAAAAUAGCCCUGCUCCAGGACCACUGCAGCCAAAGGGAGUUGCCGAGACUGAAGUGACAGAAACCAGAGGUGUCCGCUGCUCCUUGGCUGAUGGCCGACCCCUGAUUCCAGACAAAGAGGAACCACAUGGGUAUAUCCAGUUGUCAACAAAAGUCCUCAACUUUGUCAAUGCCUACCUAGUCAACUUUGAGCCAGUACAGGCAUAUCUCAAAUCUGGGAUAGGUAUGCCACAGAUGGUUAUCCUUGCUGGCAUUAUCAAAGACUUGGACCGUGAGACAUGCAAGAGCACAAUUGGUCUUUUGUUUGGAGUUUCUCUGGGCCAACUGUAUGAGGACUUCUCAAGAGCACUGGCUAGGUUCAUUCAUAAUGUAUUGGCCACUGGCUUGUUGGAUGACGUCUACCAGGAUGGCCUCUUGACUCAUCUGAACAUCAACCCAUGGAUUCAGAAAGAAUGGCCAUUGCAAAUCUACUGGCGUACAUUGUCAGUGUUGGCACAGGUGCUUUUGCUGAGACAGCAGAAAGACAAAGAUGACCUGAGGAGCGAGAAUGACACAGCUUGCAUACUCAUUUUUCGGCUCGUGCUCAACACCAUGCAGAAAGCCAUCCUUUCAUCACAUGGUGACGACAGCGAAGACAUGAAUGUGGAGCACACCCAGCUACUGCUUUUUUUGUUUCACAACCUUCAGCUAAUGCAGAAGAAAGUUGUGCUACUGAGUGUUGCCAAGACUAUUAUUAAUGUGGCCCCAGUGUCCCAGAGCCCACUAAAAGACAUCCAGAUUAUCUACAUUGCAAGGCUUCUGCACAUCUUCGAGUACCUAAUCAAGAACUUAUAUGAUGCUCCGGCCUCUCUUGUGGACCAGGUGCAAGGAAAUCUGUUCAAUAUUCAUGGUGCUGUUUCUACUAACCCUGAUGCUGAGAAUACCAAGCAGCAUGGAAAGCUGUUUUUUCCUUGCAAAGAAGUUGAAGACAACUUUGCCAAGAACUCUCUUUCAGAUGUGGUGCAAGGUUCACACAUCAGGCCAAAGUUUUACCACCUCAUGAUUCUGGAAUCUGGCACACAGGAUGUCCCUAAGUUGGAUGGCUUUGCCUGCAGCUUUCUUCUUGCAUCACCAGAUGCGCUCAAUUACUCUGAUCUUUAUGGAGCUGUGCUUUCACUGCUGUGGAUUGGAGCUCAAUGUGAUGCAGUAGAACGGCCUUCCGAUAGCCCUAAGCUCUCAUACCUGGGUACAGCUGCCAUACAGUACUGCUUUGGUGCAGUAUGGCGCUUGUUGCUAAGCCUUCCACCCUCUAUUCAACUCUCGGAAGCUUUGGCCACAGGCAAUGCAAUGCUUGACCUUCCCCACAUCUUACAUGCAAUUGUCUGGGUUUCGAGAUUCGGGCAUAAAAACUUCACUGUCUGGAUCAAGGAUUCUCUUGUGAAGCAAGGCAUGACCCCACAGCGUGCAGAAGCCACUGUGCACCAAGUCACAACAAAUGCCAACCAGCUUCUGUUCGAUGUGAGAGUGUUCAAACAGCUGGCUAGCAAGCAGCUGUGCCAAGGACCAGCCGAUUUGUCAGGUCCUGUCAGUCGUUCUGAACUGCCACAUCUCAUGGACCUGUUUGUAUUGGAGGCCCUUAUUGCAAAGCUGCAGGUGUCCAUGGAUUUCAUCCUCUUGAAAUCAAUGAAUGAGAAUCUUAUGCGGGAGGAGUUCAAGGAGUUCUCAUGGGAGAUCUUACCGAUUCUUCUUCGUCUGAUCAAGCUCUACAACACUUGCAUCAGGUGGAGUCUUUUGCUCCAGGCCAUCGACUUGUCAACUACAGGGCGUUCAGAAACAAGCCUGCGUGCUAUGGACGUUGUUCUGCGAAUGACUUCACGGCGCUGCUCUCAGGUUUCAAGCACCGUUGCUGCAAUUGUGUCACAUUUGCCACCACAAGUGGACUGCACCCUUGAUUUUUGGAAUGCAAUGGCAGUAAAUGUCUGCAACUGGAGAAAUGACUUUGCUAAUGACAGCCUUCCAUCAGAGAGCUACAUUGCAGCCGUGCAAGUUGCUCAUUUCUCCCCUUUGUCGGCAAACUCUACAUUCUUGAUCAACUCCAGCCUGAAGCGCAUUCUUCAGUGCCUUGUGCGCUUUGCUCAAGAUGUCUACUGCUGGUCUGCAGGAGACAAGUUCUCUAAUGAUUUUGUGCGGGCCAUGCUGCCACUGCUGCUAGACGCUACCACCGAGUCUCAGACAGACUUUGUAACGCUUGCGCUUGAAGGCAUAAUUGGGUCCUCGGACACAGAGGAGUUCGCACAGCAUGUUUAUAAAGAGAUGUUGGCAAACAGUUAUGAGCUGGUUAUCGAUUACUCUCACAAAGAAAGUGAACUCAAUGAAUUGGUGUUUCAUGAAUGCCUAAAGUUCAUGGAGAAUCUCGUGGACAAGCAGCCUGGCAAAAAAGCUCUGGAAGAAUUUUUCUGUGAUACAGACAUCUGGAACAUUUUGUUGUCUGCAGCGGAAGGAAACUUGAGUCCUGCAUAUGGAACCCGUGUUCUCAAGUUGUACAGCAAACUCUUCAUCCAAAUUAACAGAAGUCCUGGUGAUCCAAGUAUGGAAAAGUUAAAUGCCACGCUCUCCAGAAUGAACCGACUGAAUGAACUAGACUUAAAAUCUCUCCAAAACUGGCUAAGCAAAAUUGUAACUGGUUCCAAGGGAGCAAAAUUCAGUCAUAAUAGCCUUUCUGUUCAAAUGAAUCGACUUUUGCUUCAGCACUUCGCAAAUUAUAUGGUCAAAGAAAACAGCAAGGUGUCAACUCAGAUGGCUGGUUCUUUCUUAGCAGCACUGAUUGAAAUUGGAACCCAGCUUUUAUCUCCAGCAUCUGCAGGCAUUGGCUUCUCUGACCUCAUGGAUGCCAUGUCCACUUUGGCAAAUGCAGGGUCUGGCUGCGGCCAUCUGCAGCUUUUCAAGGCAGCAACAGAAUGGCUCGAGGCCUGCAGGAAGUAUUUGUCCCAGAGAGAUGUGCUAGAGAAGCUAGAGGACAAUGUCAGUAGCGGGAAGCACCAGGUCAUCAUGAAUGCUGCUUGCUGCGUACUCUCAUACAUUGCGGACUUAGUGGGCUCCCUCAAGCUUCUGGCUGAAAGACCACUCAAUGUUGGCCGGAGUGGAGCUGCCAGCCCACCACUAGAUGGUGAUGGUCAACACCCAGAACCGGACUCUGAUUGGGCUGAUGAGCUGGGUCCCGAGGACGAUGAAUCUGGUGGCGAAGACUCCGAUGAAGAUUCUCUUUGCAACAAGCUUUGCACCUUCACCAUGACCCAGAAGGAAUUCAUGAAUCAGCACUGGUAUCACUGCCACACAUGCCGUAUGGUGGAUGGUGUAGGUGUCUGUACUAUCUGUGCCAGGGUGUGCCACAAGGACCAUGAUGUGACAUAUGCCAAGUUUGGCUCCUUUUUCUGUGACUGUGGGGCCAAAGAUGGUGGCAACUGCCAGGCUCUAGUCAAACGUAACCCGCAGAUCCCAUCAGAUACAGGGCCCGUGUCUGCAUCCACCACAGCAGCAACUUCCCUUGCCUCAGAAAAUGUGCUUCCCAGCUCAAUACGUCGUAGGACUUCGUCUCCUGUUCAAGGCCCUGGCUGUGGAUCUGGUUCAAGUGCUGCUGAUGCCCACCCACCUCUUGCUACAUUAGUGAUCGCUAAGAAGGCUGCUGAAGAGACUCAGAAACGCCGGCAGCAGCUGGCAAAGAAGUUGGAGGCCUUUCGAGGAGCCCUUGUCGAGCACAUCGUUUCUACAAGCCUGGUUGGAACUGUUCUGGAGUUGAUCCAGUUUCUUAUGCCUGCUAUUGUGGAGACAUACAACCGAAACUCGCCCAUCAACAGCUCAAGUCGUGCACGGAAGGCACUUGCCGAGCUCCACAAUCAAGAAAAGCUGUUUGGACAUGUUGACCAGCUGAUGGUGCCAACUCUGGGAUCACAAGAAGGAGCCUUCGAAAAUGUGCGAAUGAACUUUUCUGGGGAGCAGGGUCAAACCAUACGACAGCUGCUUAGUGCUCACAUGAUUCGUCGAGUCGCCAUGUGCUGCCUGGCAUCACCCCAAGGAAAGCGCCAGCAUCUGGCUGUCAGCCAUGAAAAGGGAAAAAUCACACUGCUCCAGCUCUCGGCGCUUCUCAAGCAAGCAGAUUCCAGCAAACGCAAGCUAACAAUCUCAAGACUGGCAUCAGCCCCAGUUCCAUUCACAGUUCUCUCGAUCACUGGGAAUCCAUGCAAUGAAGACUUUUUGGCAGUGUGUGGACUAAAGGACUGCCAUGUGUUGACCUUCAGCUGCACUGGAUCUGUAUCUGAGCAUCUUGUUCUUCACCCUCAACUUGAGACAGGCAACUACAUUAUUAAGGCCAUGUGGCUCCCAGGCUCCCAGACAGAGCUUGCUUUGGUGACUGCUGAUUUUGUCAAAGUGUAUGACCUGUCAGUGGAUGCCGUGAGUGCACAGUUCUUCUUCCUGUUACCAUCGGGUCGUCUGCGUGACUGCUGUUUUGUGUGCCCUGACGAAGGGCCUCGACAUUUGCUGCUCAUGUCAUCAGCUGGCUAUGUAUACUGCCAGCCUUUGAUUGAGGAGAGUUCAGCUCGUCAUGGGCCCUUCUACGUGACAAGUGUUCUUGACAUCCAACAUCCUGACAUCAAGGGCUCUGUAGGUACAGUGGCUGGUGGUGGUGUGUCCAUCUACUACUCCCAUGUUCUGCAGUUGCUGUUCUUGAGCUAUGCCAAUGGAAAGAGUUUCAUGGCAUGCAUGUCUCAAAUUAGUUCAGAAAUAACUGACCCUGUGCUGAUCCAGCUCAAGCCAGCAGCAAGCAGCAACGGGGGAUCAGGGGGCACCACUACCACCAACACAGGAAGCAAUGUACUCUCGGGUACUGCAACCACCACCACCACUACCAGCACGUCAGCUGGUAAUGCUUCUGGGGGUAGCAGCAAUACCUCAAGCAAGCCAACACCCCAGCCCCUCUGCCAAUGGUCUGAGGUGCCCAAUCACCCUGGCCUUGUCCUAGCACUUAUGCAGUUCUCCAAUAAUCCCCUGGUGCUUAUGAUCAAGCCUGGCACUGUCCUUGUCCAGGAAAUCAAGAUCUUGACUGCAAAGUCUAAGAUCACUGACCUGGUUGCUAUUCGACACCCAACAUCAAGUGGUGGGAUGCGCACCACCAUGAUCCUGCUUUGUGAAGAUGGCAGUUUGCGAAUCUACAUGGCCUCACAGGAACAGACAGAUUACUGGCUGACCCCAGCAUUCCAGCCUGCUGCCAUCAUAGGGGUGGCAGGUACAGCAACUUCUAGUACACCAUCAGGGCCAGCUGCUGGCGGUAGUACAACACCUCGUCCAUCCAGAAGAAAAAAGUCAGUACGAGGUCGUGUGGGCCCAAGCACUGUGCCUGUGUCCUUUCCUGUGGACUUCUUCGAACACUGCACAGCCAUUCAGGAUGUGGAAUUUGGUGGAAAUGACCUCCUUCAAGUCUACAAUGCACAGCAGGUGAAGCACCGGCUUAACACAACAGGCAUGUAUGUGGCCUGCACUAAGCCUGGUGGUUUAACGCUGGAGAUCACGAACACCGACCCAACGUUGGUGAUGGUGGGUGUGCGAGUGCUGGUGGGCUCGCAGGAUGUGCAACGGGCACCUUCGACUGUGGAUCUUUUUGGCCGUUCACAUGCACUGGUGCUGACACGACCCCGCUGGUAUGACUUCCCUUUCACUCGUGAGGAGUCACUGGGUGCUGACAAGAAGAUCAGUUUAUUCUUUGGACCAAGUACUGACCCAUCUUGUGUGACCAUGGUGGAUUCUGUCAAAGUUUAUGGGAAGUCGAAGGAAUCUUUUGGUUGGCCUGAGGAGAACGACGAGUUUGCAACAGGGGUGGGUGUUGCAGCACAGUACAGUGCGGUAGGGGUGCCUGGAAUUGACUCUGAUGGAAUCCCAUUUUCACCAUUGCCAUUGACAGCACUCGACAGGCUCACUAGCAGUUGCUUGGAAUUGUUGGAUGACUGCUUCUCAGUAAGCUCAUUGUCAGAGGAGUGGCUGUCGGGAAAUGCAAAAGGGACUGCCUUGGAGGUGGCCACACGCCUGCUAACUUUGCCCACUCCGCCAACAGUACACCAGCAAGUUCGUGCACUCCUGGCUGCUCUGCAUCCUAGCCGCACUGCCUACACCAGCCACAGGGAUCAAGCUCUGUUGGACUAUGUCCUAGAAUGCCUGAUCCACAGCAGCCAGGAAAAGCCACCUUUCCAAGACCUUGAUGGUGAUGCCUUUUAUCGGUUGGUGGCCAUUGCCCGUGGGGUAGCUUGUGCUCGGCCUGCAAACCUUGUUCAGUUUGCAGAGUCUCUUGAAGUCAUUGCAGACCCUGCAGAAGGCCCUGAAGAAUUGCACAAGGAAGAGGUGCUUGAAGAGAGGGGCUUGCUUGAGAAGGUACACGUAGCAACCAACACAUUGUCACCUUCAGAAGACAGCCAUUUCCUGAGCCUCUUGACUGAUGUUUUCUGGCAUCUGCAUUACCAGAGGCCUCGGAACCUUGCUCUGGCCCCAAUCUCAAAACAUGGCCUCAUUCAUGUUGAAGCCACUGUGCAAGCCUUGGUUGAGGUGAUGUAUGCAUUUGUGGCCUUGGAUAUGGAGAAUGUGAGCUUGGUGGCAAAGCUGUUUGCCCGUCUGCUGCUCUGCGAGGACACGCUAGUGAGCUUCGCUGCUAAGCAGGCCAUCAUUCGGGUGCUGCGGCCCAAGACACGGAAGCGAAAAGUUUUCAUUCCUCGUACUGCUCAGUGUAGUACACCUGGUGAAUUAGCCACUGACCAUACAGAUGGAGGCAAAGCAUCUACAUCAGGUGCAACAGGUGUGUCGCAGUCCCUGUCAGGUACUCCACAGCCCCCAGUGUCCAUGCCAGGCAGCUCAUCGUCGAUUGGGGGCCUUGAGGUCCAGCCACAGGCUUCCCUGGAAUCUCAGGCAGAUGUGGAGUCGCAUUUUGAGAUGCUUGAGAACAUGGAUGCAGUGGUCCUUUUGGGCGGUGCCAGUGGGGCUGGUGGAGGAGGUGCCUUCCCACCGCUGCUUGAUAUUCCGCCUGAUGCUGACGAUGAAACUAUGGUGGAACUGGCCAUUGCCCUCAGCCUUCAAGAUCAACCUGGCCAGUCUGAAGACAUAAAUCUUGGUGCUCUGGGCGGCACUGGAGGCUCACAAGGUCAAAGUCAACGGGCGUCUUCUCUUGAGGGCGGUCAUUAUUCAGACACUACAGCCUCAGCCGGGGCUAGUGAUGAUGAAGGAAGCACAGCUGCCACUGAUGGCUCCACACUGCGCACAUCACCUGCUGAACAGCAAGGUGGCAGUGGUGCUGGCUCAGAGAGUGGAGGCAGUGGGGCUGAUUCCAUGACUGGAGAGCCUAAUGUUAGUGGGCGCAGCAGUGCCUAUGGAGACAAUGCAUUGCCUGAAGGUGGCAUGGCACGGUCAGAGACGAGUUCAGUCGGACUUCCUCUCACGCUGCCUCAGGAGGACCCUGACACAGCUUGGGGACUUCAUGCCCAGCGUUGUGCCUUACUUGACCGAAUGCUGCGUUUCCUGCCGCAGCUGCGCAGUGUGGGUGGAGUACGGGCCAUACCAUUCAUGCAGGUGGUGCUAAUGCUCAGCUCAGAUUUAGAUAGUGAGGAUGACAGAGAUCGCGCGACCCUGGACAAUUUGCUGAGCAGCUUGAUUGGUGAGCUAGAGAGAAACGUGGCUCGUCUGGUCCAGAGGAGCCCAUCCUCUGAGGAACAGCUCAUUGUCAUGCGCCUACUCAGUAUCAUGAUGUCACGCAUCAAAAGUUCAGCCAAGGCUUCUGGCCCCAGCGAUCCUGCUUGCCAGAACUACUGCAGCACUUCAGCUGCAGUUGCCCUGCAUGCUAGCGGCAUUGUGGACCACUGCCUAGAGGUUCUGGGUACCCUGCUGGAGCACUGGAAGGCAGUGCAGAAUGCUGAUGGUGAUUCACCUGGAAGUGGUUCUAGUGGAAGCGCUGGGCCUCCACUGCUGAAACCACACCCUGCUUCUCCUCCCCCAGACAUGUCUCCUUUCUUUUUACGGCAGUAUGUCAAGGGACAUGCUAACGACGUGUUCGAAGCUUACCCCCAGCUUUUGACAGAGAUGGCCUUGCGCCUGCCAUACCAGGUGAAGAAGGUGUGGGCAGUAGUGCCUCCUGGCUGUGUAACCCCCGAUUUCGGUUCCACAUGGUACUCGUACCUGUGCGAGUACAUGAUGGUGCAGCAAACGCCCUUCAUUCGGCGACAAGUGCGGAAGCUACUGCUCUUCCUGUGUGGUUCCAAGGAGAAGUACAGGCAGCUUCGGGAUCUACAUGCCCUCGAGUCCCAUCUAGCAGGUGCCCGCACUAUAUGCAAGGCCACUGGUGCCACGACACCUUUGAUAGGCACUGCAACGUUGCCUUAUGAUGCCCUUAUUUUGGUGGUGGAACACCUCAAAGCCUGCGCUGAAGUGGCUACUUCACGCACAGCUAACUGGCAGCGCUACUGCCAGCAGGACAACACUGUUCUACCCUUCCUCUUUCAGGUGAGCUUCCUACUGGAUGAGGGAGUGGCCUCUAUAAUACUGCAGCUGCUUCAGUGUGCCCUGUGUGGUACACCUACACUGCAGCAGCCUCCCCAACAGCAGCAGGGAACAAAUAAGCCACAUGCUCCCUCUGGUUCACCAUUAAAGCAGCCGCAUCGUCGUGAGCGGGACACAUCAGAGGAACCUGACGAAGUUGAAAAUUCAGAUGAGGCUCAGUGUGCAGCUUUGGCACAACAAGUGCAUGAUUCUGUGGAACGCUCCUUGCUUGGUCAAUUUAUGCGAGCAUUCCUGCUUGAGUGCAACUCUACAGCUGUCCGGUGGCAGGCACACUCGCUUCUUCAUCAGCUUCACAGACACUCGCAGCCAUCACAUCGAGAGGCUUUGCUGACACUGAUGUGGGAGCUCUGGCCACAGCUUCCAUCAUACGGACGAAAGGCGGCACAGUUCGUGGACCUCUUAGGCUACUUUACACUCAAGGCCCCACAGCCUCAGCAGGAGUUUACCGAAAGGGCAUUGGCUGUACUGCAUCAGCAGAAUCAACUCCUGUGCAACCACCCCAACUCCAGCCUGUACAACUCCAUACGAGGCCUAGUGGAAAUGGAUGGCUACUACCUGGAAAGUGAGCCUUGCCUUGUCUGCAACAAUCCCGAGGUGGCUUACGCAAACAUAAAGCUGUCUGCGAUCAAAGUGGACUCUCGCUUCACCACUUCUACCCAGAUUGUCAAACUGGUUGGCUCACACACAGUGUCGCGCAUCAUUCUGCGUAUUGGAGACUUAAAGCGAAGCAAAAUGGUGCGAGCCAUUAAUAUCUACUACAACAAUCGUUCAGUACAGUCAGUCGUGGAGCUGAAGAACAGACCUGCCAUGUGGCAUCGUGCCAAACGCUGUUCCUUGGCUGCAGGCCAGUGUGAGCUCAAAAUGGACUUCCCACUUCCUAUUGUGGCAUGCAACCUUAUGAUAGAGUAUGCAGACUUCUAUGAAAAUGUUCAGGCAUCAUCAGAGACGUUGCAGUGCCCACGCUGCAGUGCCUCUGUUCCUGCCAGCCCUGGAGUCUGUGCCAAUUGUGGAGAGAAUGUAUUUCAGUGCCACAAGUGCCGUGCUAUAAACUAUGAUGAAAAGGACCCGUUCUUGUGCAAUGCCUGUGGCUUCUGCAAGUAUGCCAAGUUUGACUACACCUUGACUGCCAAGCCUUGCUGUGCCGUUGACCCCAUUGAGGGUGAGGAGGACCGCAAGAAGGCUGUGGCCUCUAUCAAUGCACUUCUUGAAAAAGCUGACAAAGUGUACCAGCAGCUUAUGGCCCACAAGCCGACGUUGGAGCUGCUUCUUCUCAAGGUGCAAGAGCAGGGCCUGGUAGACAAGGCUCUGGAAGAGGAAGCAGCUGCUGUAGCAGGUGUGGCAGCAGGCACAGCUAGCGCAGGCACAGCUUCAGCAACAUCUGCAAGCACUGGUUCUGCAUCAGGGUCAACAUCCAGCAUGGUGAACCGAUCCAUACAACAACUUGCCCAGAAGUACUGCUCCGAGUGCAAAACCUCUUUUGAUGAGCUGAGCAAAAUUGUUCAGAAGAUCUUGGCUUCACGAAAGGAACUUGUUGAGUAUGAGCACAAGCAGAAGGACAGCAGAAAAGCCCAAGCAGCAACCCCAAGUUCAACAGCUGCUAUUCCAGUGAGAAAUGAAUUUCCAUCACCUGGCAGCUUCAGCCUACCAGCAAGCAAUAAGCAGUCUUCUGGGAGAUGCUAUGGUUGCGCCAGUGCAGCAGUGGAUCACUGCAUCACCUUACUGAGGGCUUUGGCUACAAGUGUUCCAUACAGGCAACUUCUGUGUGAGCGGGGCUUGAUAGGGGAGCUGGUGGAGCACAACCUUCGUCAAGGCUGGUCACAGGUUGGCCAGUUGGUGUGCCUGCUAACGCGAGACAACCUCCAGGCCACCGACCACCUCAAUGGAUUGCUGAUGGAACGCAUAUCACUUGCCCUACUUCGUGGUGGGCAGGCACCCUCCCUACGCCAGCAAGCCUGCCUUGCCCUAUUACCUGAUGCUACCACACCACCUGAUGCAACAGAAGGAGACAGCAGGGAGGCAUUGCCAACCCCACCACCAGUCGUAGUUGGUGUCCCUGACUUGCCAGCUGCAGUACGCCAUGAGGUAGCCUUGUUGGCUCUUUCGCUGAAGAAGGACGACUCUUGCUGGGAGCAGCGACUAAGGUGUGUGGUGCGAUUGUUUUUGAUGGGCAUCAGUUCCCAAAGCCCCAUUGUGUUGGAGAGCAUCACACUGCCUUGUCUCAAAAUACUUCAAGCAAUUAUAAAACCAGACCCACCCACCACUAAACGCAACAAGGACAAGUCAAUUGAGGAACUGGCUACUGUGCGGCCUUCAGGCAUGUGUGUUGCUGUGGACCUUAAGGGAUGGCUGGAUGGAGACCCACUGCAGACAUACAGUGCCUGGAAAAGCAGAUGCCUGGGGCGACCUGCUGACACCCUCUCGCUUGGUGGAGGCAAGCGACAACGGCGUGAGGACGUGCGUGCCCGGUUUCUGGUGGAAAAGUAUGGUUUGCGCUGGCGCCAACUAGCUCGCCGAGGUGGUUCUUCUCUGCGCCUUCUUAUGUUCCUACAGCCAUCACAGCAGGCCAGCAAAAGCCAGCCACGCCGACCACGCCCUCUUCAAUCAAACUGGCUGCGCCAGGUUUUGUUCAAUCCGUCUUGCCGCCAAGCACGCACUGUGGCCUGUACCUUGGUUAAAGCCCUGUGCCAGGUUCCAUCGAGGUGCCGGGAAAUGUUGGACCUGCUCACAACAUAUUUGGAUGACCUAGGCACAGCCGGUGAGAGUGGAGCAAAGUUUCUGUCUCUCUACCAGAGCCUUAUUGGUCCUGACUACUGGAAGCACUACCUGGCCAUCAAAGGCCUACUUCCACACCUUGGAGACCUCAUUACUUCUGAAAUUGAACAGCUCACUGUGCUUGAGGAGACUACACUCAAUGCGGACCUUUCACAGGGUUUUGCCCUGAAGAUGCUCACAGAGCUGCUUUCAUCGUUCAUUGAAGUGAACUCCAUCCGGCAGCAAUAUAAGUCACGUCUUGUUGGAUGUGUGCUCAAUGGCUACUUGUCUCUGCGCAAGCUAGUGGUUCAGCGCACAAAGUUGAUCGAUGAGACGCAAGAAAAAUUGUUGACACUGCUAGAAGAAAUGACAACAGGCACAGAAUCGGAGACUGAAGCUUUCAUGGCAGUGUGCGUCGCAACGCUAGGCCGUUAUGGACUGGAGGACCUUCGAACACCGGUGUUUAUCUUUGAACGGCUCUGCUCAUUGAUCCACCCUGAGGAAAACGAGCUAGGCGAGUUCCUGGUGACUCUUGAGAAAGACCCGCAGCAGGAAGACUUCCUCCAGGGGCGCAUGGUGGGUAACCCAUACAACUCAAACGAGCCUGGCAUGGGGCCACUAAUGCGCGAUCUCAAGAACAAGGUGUGCCAGGACUGCGAGUUGGUGGCCUUGCUCGAGGAUGAUAAUGGCAUGGAGCUGCUAGUCUGCAACAAGAUAAUGAGCCUUGAUCUGCCUGUUAAGGAAGUCUACCGCAAAGUCUGGUGUCCUGAGAAUGGAGAGUCGGAGGCUAUGCGAGUAGUGUACCGUAUGCGAGGGCUGUUGGGAGAUGCAACGGAAGAAUUUGUGGAAUCUCUUGAAGCAAAGGCUGGUGGUCCUCAGGUGGAUGAGGAGCAUGUGUACAGGCUGGCACGUGUCAUGGGCAUUUGCGGUGGCCUUGAGGCCAUGCUCGAGCGCCUUGCUGCCAUUGAUGACCUAUCACGGGGCCGGCCAUUGCUCACUGUUCUCCUCAAGCUAUUUGGCCUCUGUGUAAAGGUUCAGAGCAAUCGUCUGCAUCUUUUGGAGCCAUCAUUGCACGCUGUUGCCCGCCUCUUGGGAGCACUGCGGCUGCUACUUGGAGCACAGGAGGCUGCUCUUGCGGAGCAGCUUCUGGCGACACUGGAGGCUGUACUGGCUGAGGGAGCUGCCCAUGUGCCUCCUCAGCUUCCAGAAGGUGUUACGCGGGACGACAUCACUUUCCUCCUGACCCAAGUCGGCACUGGCAGGCCUAGUCCACGUCUUUUGCAGCUGCUCAUGCGGGUUGUUCCCUUCUUAACCCUCACUGAUGAGGCCAAAAUGGAUGUUCUCAUCAACCACUUCAAGCGACAGCUCAAUUUCAUUCGCUUUGAUGGGGAGCACACACCAGAGGACGAUGUCCAGCUAGAGUGUUUUUGUAACCUAAGUGCUGGCAUUGAACCCAAUGACAAUGGCAAUCGACUCAAAGACCUUCUUGUUGCUCGUGGCAUCGUGGAGGGUGCCAUUCAGUACCUGCUUGUGUAUGCACCACCUGCCAAGAGUUCUCUGCUGUCAGCCUCAGAAAAUUGGAAGGAGUUUACAUCCAAGCCAGCCCUGAAGUAUGUCCUUCGUAUUUUGACGGGACUUAGCAGAGGACAUGAGAAAACGCAAGUCCUAGUCAGCACAGAAUGCAUCCCUAUCAUUCAUCGCCUGGAGCAGGUGUCAAGUGAUGAGCAUGUUGGCUCACUGGCCGAAAAUCUUAUGGAGGCCUUGAAAGAGAAUCCCAAUGUGGCACAGAAGAUUGAAGAGGUCCGCAAGCAGACCAGAGAUGAGAAAAAGAGGCUUGCAAUGGCUAUGCGUGAGAAGCAGCUCGGCGAGCUUGGAAUGCGCACCAAUGAGAAGGGCCAAGUGACAGCCAAGAGCUCAAUCCUAAAGCAAAUGGAAGACUUGGGUGAAGAGGCAGGACUAGUGUGCAUAAUCUGUCGUGAAGGCUACAAGUUUCAACCCAGCAAAAUACUUGGCAUCUACACCUUUUCCAAGCGGUGUAAUCUGGAUGAAUAUGAAGCCAAGCCUCGCAAGACCCCUGGAUACACAACAGUUACUCACUUCAAUAUAGUCCAUGUUGACUGCCACAUGGCUGCUGUCAGGCAUGCCAGAGGUCGGGAUGAAUGGGAGAGUGCAGCAUUACAAAAUGCAAACACGAAGUGCAAUGGCCUUCUUCCCCUUUGGGGUCCACAAGUUCCGGAGUCGCAAUUUGCCAGCUGCCUUGCCAGGCAUAACGCGUACAUACAGGACUGCACAGGCCACCUGGAUGUUGGUUACAUGUCAACACUGCACGACUUGAAGCUUUUAUUGAGCCGCUUUGCCUUCGAACGCUCAUUCAGCGAAGAUAGUGGUGGUGGUGGACCACAAAGCAACAUGCAUCUCAUCCCAUACCUUCUUCACAUGGUUCUUUAUGUCAUAAACACGACAAGGUGUGUAGCACGAGAGGAGAAGAACCUUGCAAACUUUCUCGAGAUGUCACCUGAUCGGCAGAUAGAAAACUGCUAUGAGACCGAGGGCCCAUUCUACUGGACAACCAUGGCGCUGGCGGUGUGGUCUCAUAACCAGUGGCGAUGUGGCCGUAUUGCGCUGUUGCGACGGAUGCUGGUACUAGCGCACGCACGACAUCUGAGCCCGCAAGGCUGCUCGGGACUUACAGACACAAUUCCUCGGGAUUUUGCUCUCUACCGACCCUAUCUCUGCUUCCUAGCCUUGGUGGAUGGAUUGUACAACACCAUGUUCAAGAGGGUUUCCUGCAGCAGCGACGAUGGCUGGUCAGUGGCAUUGGCAGAUUAUAUCCGCCAUAAUGAUCAACAGCACCUAGAACUUGGGGACAAGCUGCUAAGAUUUUUUGAAGAAGAAGUGCUGGCAUGCCAGUCAUUCAUGGAAUAUUGUGAUGUCAUGGGUCUUAUGGGUGAAAUUCCCAACACAGAUGCCUUCCUGCAAGAAUCACUUCAGCUAAGGAACUGAUUCAAGGUUUAUGAGUGGACUAUUUGAAUAAAGAUGCUUGCUUGUGAAA